AUUUCACGCUGUCCGUGAAAACCAGCCCUCAAAAAGAGGAAGUUCGUGUUUCACUCUCGAUACUCUGUGAAACUCGUUUAAACCGAGACUUUCAACAACGUGGGCGACACCUAAUAAAUGGAGAUGGAGGAUGGGAGCCAGCAGCUAAUCCAGGAAUAGCAAAGCAGAGGCAUGGAGGAAGACAGAUGGAGCUACGAAGGAGGAGCGGAGGCAGUGCUUCAGAAUAAGAACACCUAUGUUCAGCUACUGCGACGGAGCGAGACGCGAUACAAGCGAAUGGCAAAGAUUUUAGCUGUGGCACUGGUCCUGGUGCUCGCUGGAGCUCUGCCUUUACUACUCACGGUUUUACUUGGAAGGCAACAUGUGCCACCGGACAGCCAGCCAACGAUGCCCCCUGCCAGCCUGUCAGGCAUCAAACCAGAAACUGCAAGACAUGAAAAUCCCAAGAUUCCAAGUGCCAUGCUAACAGCUCCUACAGGGAACAACACUAAUGGGAAGUACCUCCAAUGGGCACAUGACAUUGGCAUUGCUUACUGUCACGGAGGCUUCAACUACUCCAAUGGGGAUCUUGUGGUGCCCAGAAACGGCCUGUACAGUGUCUUUCUGCAGAUCACGUAUCAGAUGGAAUGUCCUGGCCGUACGAUAAAACUGAUGAACACGGUGUCACAUGUUAAAGAAGAAUACGGGAAGGAUAUGAAUCUCCUGUCAUCAAGCCACACAGUGAGCUGCAGCACAGACGGCUGGAGUAAAUCCCUCUAUACAGCUGGCUUGUUUUUCCUGAAAGCAAAAGACAGACUACAUGUGACUUCAUCAUAUCCAGAAUAUAUUACCAAGAGAGAAUAUGAGGUGUUCUUUGGCGCUGUGUUUUUGUCUCACUAAUAUCUUGCUCACACACUCGGGAUUGCCCAAAUCUGACCUUGAGGUUGGUUUUAGCAUCUUAUCCAGGAAACCAGUGUAGGUUAAUGGUUCCCCUUUUUACGCUUUCUGAUCAUGAAACGUAUGCAGCUACUGAUUGAUUUACAGCAGUGAGAAGCUACUGAAGAAGCUACAAGAGCAGGUUUAAUUUAUCUUUGCAUCGUUUUUAACUCAUUAACUACAGCUCACAUUGACAUACUGACUCCUAAACAGUGGUUUACUAUUUUAAAAAAUAUAUUUCCUUAACACCACUGGACUUUAUAAACUCCACAGCUCAUCAAAUAUAACCUACUACUUCUUUUAUAUGUUUAGAAUAAACAUGUGUUUUGCCAUUGCUGAUUGCUGGUGAUAGCCCCUUUUUAAGUGUUUCAGGACAAGAACAAAAUAAAAACCAAACAAAUUGUUAUUACAUAUCAAUAUUUCUUGUUUACUUGUGGAGUUUGGUUCAGAUCACCUAAAACCAUAGUCUAAAAGCAAAUGUUAGAGAUGACCAAGGGUGAAUUAUAUGCUGGAAUGUGGUGAAUAGAGGCACUGCUCAGAAAUGUUCAGUAGAGAGUAAAUCUGCCAGUGAUUUCUAGUCGCAUACACACUUAUGGACUGUAUUUUUUUUUUUUCAGUCACAGCUAACAAGGACUUGGCAACUAGGGGCUGCCCUCGAAAGUGAGCCAAUCCCCAUAGAUUCCCAUGUUAAAGUGCCAAACUUAAAAUAUUAAAAAGCUCUUUCAGAGCAAUUUGCAAAAAUAGUUUUGGUCUUUGGAGCUAAUUUCCACCUUAAUUUUUAUGUAACUCACUCGUUUAAAUUAUAUCAAAACUUAAAAGUUACACUUUAUUAGGCCACUUUGGCUGAAUUGGAGGCUGUUAAUUUCAGCUGUACCUGGGAGUGAAUAGCAUGAAUUGCUGUUUGGCCAAAAGGCUAAACAUGAGACUUUAAAACAAGAUUUACAAAACCAAUCAUAGCUGUGUCCAUGUUUUAUAAUACAAUAAGCUUUAUACUUAAAAAAUAAAGUUCUUUUGUCUUGGGUAGGGUUAGAGGCUAUGAGCCUGAAAGUCAGAGUCGCUAAGUGGAUAUUGGGAUUGCAUCUUGCUAAAGUCAUGGGAGGUUAAACUGAAGUACUGAAUGCAAAGUGUGAAUGACAAGACUGCAUUAAUGUCAAGAGUAGCAGCUGAGAUUAUAUCAAAGGAAUGCAGCAGAAAGAUGAUUGGCCAAAUAUGGUGGUGAAAGGUUUUGUGAGUGAAAGGAAUUUUAAAGGCACAGGAAACCAAAUGGAGCAGAAAGAUCAGCUGAACAGUUGUAAAUUCAGAUGACUGCAACUUUUACUGUUGUACAAUUUAAAUUUGAAUCCCACAAGCAGGUUCUGUUUAAAUGUAACACUGGUUACUUAGUGUCCAGCGUUACAAUAAAUUAGAUAACACCUUAUUGCAUUGCAUUGUAACAGCCUGCUCAGUGGGGCUGAUUUGGCAAGUGUUAAGAGUAGUGGAGACUUGCAGAGUUACAAGUAGACCAUUACACAUAAACCAAGCCCAGUCCUGCAGCCAUGAUAAGAUUUCUAAACCUGUGAUGGUUUUAUCAGGUAAUAACGCCUAAAUAUGUGGUGAUAAAAGUAUUUUGUGGCCACACUUUUUAUUGUGCUUUGACAUAAUGUUUGUAAAUGUCAUAACAUUUAGCACAGCAGCGUGUACUGCGUGUACUGACAAGUAGGAGAAUUUGUCCAAGCCAUAGACUUAGUUCACUGAUGUGUAAUACAACUAUAAAUAAAGUGCGUGCAAUGUGGGGUGAUGCUACAGAGAUGACUCAGGUGUAGAGCUGGUGAUGGAUUACAAAAAAAACUUUAUACCAUUGUAUUUAUGUGUGGUUGAAUUUACCUUUUUUUUUUUCUCUUUUUGACCGUCACUGUAAACAUGAAAACAUAUAUGAAACCUUUUACUUUGUUAUAUUUUUAGCCUAUGAGGUGCUGUUGUGUGCUUAGACCUAUUUAACAAGCUUAGAAAUGUGUUUUUGUAUUUAAUUAUUUAAUUCAUUGCUUGCAGGGAAUUCUGUACUCUUCAGCUGGUGCUAUGUAAAUCAGCAUUUCUUACAAUGAAAGAAUUUAUAUAAUUUGUGAACUUUUAUAUUUGUUUGUGGCUUGGAGAGAUAUUCUAAAA